AUGGCGAUUGCGUCAAUCGCACUGAACGUCAUAGGCGUUAUCUUCCUCUCGCAUGCCGUGUAUAGUGCCUACGAGCACUCAUUGUUGCCUUCAACAUCAGCAUCACCAUCAUCUGGAUCUUACCUACUCUCAGUACUUGAUCCGAAAGUCAAUCUCCCCGUUGACAUCACCAUUGAGACGCUCGUGUCCGUCGUGCUCCUAUGCGCUGGCGUAGUUCUAAGUAGCGCAAAUCUGAAGCCUAUACAAUGGAACGUUUGGGCAGGCAAUCUGGAACGAAGCAAGGAUGCUCGCGCCACCAAAGAGGUUGGCGUUGGCGGCGGUAAUCCAUAUGCCGCGCUAGAGGAGAGGUCUGGCUUUCUGGACAUUCGAGGUGAGAUGAAGGGUUUUGCGGAGUGGAAGAACAAAGGCGGCGAAGGCAGAAUAGAGGGCAAGAAGGCGUGA